UAAUAAUAUAUUAAAAAAACCGUGAUACUAUCGAUCGUUUAAACCGACACCAUCUAGCUUUAUUUGUUUAAAUUAGAUUAUUCCAUUAAAAUGAUGGAAAGAAUGCAUAGCAUAUCUUGAAUUUUUGCUAUAAGCUUACACUAGGGCACUCACAAUCUGCAUAUGCAUGCAUGGCGAAAGCAACACGCAUAGCAGUGAUUCCCAGCGCAGGGUUCAGCCAUUUCGUCCCCAUUAUCAACUUCUCAAAGCUUCUCGUGGACCUUCACCCUCACAUUCACCUAACAUGCAUCAUUCCAAUACUGGGGUCUCUCCCAGCUGCUGCAAAACCCAUUCUCCAAACCCUUCCACCGAGAAUCUCCACCGUUUUUCUUCCACCGGUGAGCCUCCGUGACCUUCCUCAGGGGGUUCCCGUGGUGCUGCAGAUCCAGCUCGCCAUGAAUCUCUCCAUGCCCUCCAUCCACCGCACGCUCAGCGCCAUCACUUCCAACAACCCUCACGUGGCCAUGGUGGUUGACACCUUCGCAUAUGGGGCUCUGGAUUUUGCUCAAGAGUUCAACAUGUUGUCCUACGUUUACUUCCCCUCUGCUGCAACCACUCUCUGCACGCACUUCUACUUGCCCACGCUCCACAACGAAACGUUCUGCGAGUACAGAGAUCUGCCCCACCCCAUCACAGUACCAGGGUGUGUGCCCUUUCAUGGCAGGGAUCUCUAUGCUCAAGCACAGGAUCGAAAGAGUCAGUUCUACAAAAUGUCUCUUAAACGCUACGAAUCCUACCGUUUUCUCGAUGGAAUCUUCAUCAACAGCUUUUUGGAAUUGGAGACCGGUCCGAUCAGAGCAUUCAAAGAUAAGGAAAGGGGUUACCCUCCUUUGUAUCCUGUUGGACCGAUUGUUCAAACAGGGACAACAGCUACAGCUGGUUGUACAACAGGGUUGGAGUGUCUGACAUGGUUGGACAAGCAACAAGACGGUUCGGUUUUGUAUGUUUGUUUUGGGAGUGGUGGAACACUCUCACAAGAGCAAACGAACGAGCUGGCACAUGGUUUGGAAUUGAGCAAGCACAAGUUCUUGUGGGUUGUGAGAGCGCCAAGCGAUGAGGCGAAUGCAGGAUAUCUGGAUGGAGAAAAAGAUGCAGACCCAUUAGAGUUCUUGCCAAGUGGGUUCUUGGAGAGGACGAAAGAGCAAGGUAUGGUUGUUCCUUCAUGGGCACCCCAGAUUGAAAUCUUGGGCCAUGGUUCAGUUGGAGGGUUUUUGACUCACUGUGGGUGGAAUUCAACGCUGGAGAGUGUGGUGCAUGGUGUGCCACUCAUCACGUGGCCACUGUUUGCUGAGCAGAGAAUGAAUGCGGUUGUGAUGAGUGAAGGUGCGAAAGUGGGAGUGAGGCCAUUAGAGAGUGAAAAUGGGUUGGUGGAAAGAGCAGCCAUUGUUGAGGUGAUAAAGUGUUUGAUGGAAGAAGAAGAAGAAGGAAAGGAAAUGAGGAAGAGAAUGAAGGAGUUGAAAGAAGCUGCUGCUAAUGCUCUCAAAGAAGAUGGAGCUUCUACCAGAAAUCUUUCUCAGGUGGCACACAGGUGGAAGAUGUUGGCACAGGAAAGAAGUUGAGUUUCAUUUCAAUGGUGUGGUUACAAAUUAAAUAUUGUAAUCUUACUUUUAUUCUAAAUAUCUUAGUUUUCAUAUUUCAAAAUAAUCAUAAUUAAAUACCUAAAUUGGUCUA